UUUGGAAACAUGAUGGAUCCUGAAGUUUUUACCCUUGGAGAUGUUAAGCCCUCAGUGCCUAGCUCUAUCAAAUCUGCUUAUUCCAGAGAAGACAGGUCCAUGGGUGAUCUAAGAUAUUUCUCCAAAAGGGACAUCAUCACAGCAGACGAGGAAGAUGAUGAUAGGGAAUCACUGGGACCAGCUGAGCAAGACCUGCAAGACUAUAUCCAGAGAGUCUAUGGUGUGCAGGAAUGGCCAGAUGGUUGCGUAUACAAGGGGGAAUUUGGGCUUAACAUGAAGCUUGGAUUUGGAGUGUUCGAGUGGAGCAAUGGUGAGAUGUACAAAGGGCAAUUUUAUAAGGAUCAUCGUCAUGGCAAAGGUACCUAUACUUGGCCCGAUGGUUGUACUUUCACUGGGACAUUUUAUAUUAGUCACAGAGAAGGAUAUGGCACCAUGUAUUUAAAAAACAGAGUAUUUCAGGGAUUAUACAAGGCUGAUGAACGAUUUGGACCAGGGAUAGAGUCGUAUGCAGAAGGCUGCCAAGAUGUCGGAUGGUGGUUCCGAGAACACAUCAUUAAAUUGUGCACUGAAGUCCCUGGUACUUUCACCAUUUUGGAUUACCCAGAGUACAUCCCUUUCCUUUCUUUCGACUCUCCCAAAAUGUGUCUUUCUGAAAAGGAGCUGGCAAAGUGGGACCUGAACAAGGAGGAGGACCCCUUCUUUUACGAUUACAAGCGGCUCCUUUUAAAUGACAAUUUAACCCUACCGCCGGAAAUGUAUGUUUACUCCACCAACAAUGAGCAUCUUCCCAUGACUGCCUCGAGCAAAAAGGACUUUGAUUUCUAUUUUUUUGUGCCUAAAUUUCCAGUGUUUGAUGAUGAGGAUGAACCUUGGUUUGUUAUAAACCAGACUCCUUUGCUCCUUAAAAUACAAAAGCACGCUUGCAGAUUCAGGCACAGUCAGUCUCCAUUCAGUCGGAGUAUUAAUGAUAUCAUGAAUGGAAACCGAAGUAACUUUGGCCACCGGGGACCCAAAGAACGAGUCGCCAAGGAGCUGAUCAUGAAGGCAGAGAAGGGAGACUAUGACCGAGUCUAUGAGAUUCUCCGAGACGAUCUUGCUCUGGCAGACGUAGGGGACGGCAAGGGAUUCACUGCGCUGGCUGGAGCGACCAUUCAUUGCCACAAUGCCAUCAUUAACCUUCUUCUUGACAAUGGAGCCAACGUGAACGUGUGCACCGACGAAGGGGUAACACCUCUGUGCAUAUGCUUCAUUCUUUAUUAUCCGAUGGAGAUGUUCAAGCCCAAUAUCGCCGAGAGGAACUUGGAGAUUCCCAAGGGACCAGCUUUAAAACCCAUAAUUAUUCCAUCUGCUGCUGUGGGUGGAGCAAAAUCACCCAUCACAAAUCCGGAAACAGCUUCUCAACAACCCCGUGCAUUAGAAGUUAAGAGACCUUUGGAGAAUGUGACCGGUAAUUUGGACGAUGUCACUUCUCAGAUCUUCAGAGAGCAGUCUGAGUUGAAGCAAACCAUCCGUAAGAAUGAAGAAUUGCUGAUAGCCUCGCCUGAAAAAUUAUGUACCACAGCAUCUAGCAAAAUGCUGGAGGACAUCUGGGUGAAUUUUGAACAGUCCACACAACUGAGUGCCUCGACAAAUUUCGAAUCGAACCUUUGUGUGUGCAGCUAUCCUAUAGAGCUCUCAAAGGAUGUUAUGGAAAAGACAGCCAAUACUUACACCAUGCUGAGAGUUGCUUCCUUUGAAAGUGAAGACUCAGAUCCAGGAACUGUGAGGAAGAUGGCACUAUCCAUAAUAGAACACAAACUCAGAUGGACGACGAUCCAGUUACUCCUGCAGCGAGGAGCAGACCCCAACUAUUGCACAGUGCCUAUGCAUGUUCUUUUCUUUCCUGUCAGAGCUGCAGAUGUGGCUGGAGUUCAGCUUCUCCUGGAGCAUGGAGCAAGGACCGACGUCCGGUUUCCAUCAAAGAUGAGAGCACUUACUCCUCUCCACAUAGCAGUAUCCCUGCCUGAGGAGGCAGGGGUCAAAAUCACAGAGUUAUUGCUUCAUGCUAUCACUGACCCAGAUGCCAGAGCUGAGGAUCAAGAUGAGGGAUACAAGAUACACAAGUUUGACACUUUAAUUUCAAGCAUGAAACUCAAUAAUGAACCUGGACCACCAGUAACGUAUUACUCUCCGUCUAAGUUGAUUCCUGAGGAAGGUGGGAGAAGUCCUUUACACGUCGUAUGUGAGAGAGAAGAUAACUUCAAGAAUGUAAGGGACAUCAUACGUCUCCUGUUAAUCCAUAAAGCGAAUCCCAAUACCUUGUGGAGUGGUCAUUCGCCACUCUCUCUGUCCAUUGCCAGUGGGAAUGAUCUGGCUGUGCAUGAACUUCUCCUCCGGGGAGCAGACCCAAAUCUAGCCUUAACUAAAGGGGUGGGCAGUGCUCUUUGUGCCGUGGCCAACCUAGCAUUUGAGCAAAAAAGAUCCCUGGACAGUAAAAUCGCUUUGAUGGACAGACUCAUUCAGUUUGGGGCUGAUAUCCUGAUUCCAAUUAAACUCGUCCAAGGAGAAAGAUCAGCGGUGGGAACCGCUGUGGAUUACGCAUAUUUCAAAUUCUUCCAGGACAGGCGGAUAGCACACACCCCUUUACAUUCGCUGACCGUGUCUGAGAGGGAGACGCUGCUGUUGCGUAAAAAAUUCUUAGAGCACAUGGGCACCCGGCUCCGCAAAGCUGUCCUGGCGAAGGAAGACCAAUGGGAUCGGAAGCAGCUGCUGCUGUCCAAAAAGGCGGAAUUGUCCUCUAGGUUAAAGAAGAAGGGUGUCUUGUCUGCUAAACCUUCAGAUGGAGAAUCAAGGAUCCCCUUCUUCAAGUAUUGCUAUCAGUGUGGUCGUUCUAUCGGGGUUCGGCUCACACCGUGUCUUCGAUGUUAUGGAAUUUUAACCUGCAGCAAACACUGUAAGGCAAAAGCCUGGAAUGAGUCCCACAAACGAGAAUGUGGUGCAGCAAAAGGUGAGAUAGUCACCGCUUCCAAAAGCAAGGAAGAUGUCAGGAAGGGAAAAGAAGUGGCUUCGAAGAUCAUGAGAGACAUCAAGACUCUGAGUUACCCACGAAGCACCAACAAAGACAUCGACCUGAAGAUGAGAAAUCUCGUGAAAAUUGGAGCGUUCACACGGCCUAAAGAGUGUCCUUCUCCCCCAAGCUCGCCCCCGUACACAGAAAAUUAUAGUUUCAACUGA